GAAUUAUUGAGUUAUGGUCACGUGAGAGGAAACUCACUGGAAAAACUCACUAGUCCACGCGUCCUGUCAAAACAUCCACAAUGAAAUCCCAUCAGAAUGAACAGUGAUGCGAAAGCGAAAAGGCAGCGCAGACCAUGACAGCUCGUUCACGGGUAACGUUACACUACUGGACGGCAGCUCUGAUCUAAAGCAGUGCCACAAAAAGACAGACGCUGCCUCUGAUCCAGGAGGUUCGGGGACAGCGAUGGGGAGACGCUACAGAAGGGGUGGUCUGAUAUGGAGGCUGAGGAGGAUACUGAUCUGGGUGCUGGGAAUCUACAUCGCAGUCCCUGUUAUCAUCAAAGUCUGUCCAUCAAUACAAGCGAAAUUAGUAUUUUUAAACUUUGUGCGAGUGCCGUAUUUUAUAGAUCUGAAGAGACCACAGGAUCAGGGCUUGAAUCACACUCGCAACUUCUACCUGCAGCCGGAGGAGGGAAUUAACAUUGGAGUGUGGCACACAGUACCUUCAGUGAUGUGGAGGGAGGCUCAGGCAAAAGAUGCUGAAUGGUAUGACAAAAGCUUCCAAUCCAGUCAUCCGGUCAUCCUGUAUCUCCAUGGCAAUGCUGGAACAAGAGGAGGGGAUCACAGGGUUCAGCUGUACAAGGUUCUUAGUUCAUUAGGCUACCAUGUAGUCACAUUCGAUUAUAGAGGUUGGGGUGACUCUGAGGGCAGCCCUUCGGAGAAAGGCAUGACGUCAGAUGCUCUCUUCCUCUACCAGUGGAUAAAGCAGCGGAUUGGCCAGAAGCCUCUGUACAUCUGGGGACACUCACUUGGCACAGGAGUGGCCACUAACCUAGUGAGACGUCUGUGUGACAGGGGAACGCCCCCAGACGCCCUAAUUUUAGAGUCACCCUUUACCAAUAUCAGAGAGGAAGCCAAGAGCCAUCCCUUCUCUUUGGUUUACAGAUAUCUGCCAGGCUUUGACUGGUUCUUCCUGGAUUCUAUAACUGCAAAUGAUAUCCGAUUUGCCAGUGAUGAAAAUGUCAACCACAUAUCCUGUCCGGUUCUGAUACUGCAUGCAGAAGAUGACACAGUCGUACCUUUCCAGCUGGGAAAGAAGCUAUAUGAUUUGGCGGCUCAGAGCAAGAGUCUGAACGGUCAUAAGGUUCAGUUCAUCCCGUUCCCCAGCUCUCUGGGCUACAGACACAAGUUCAUCUACAAGAGCCCACAGCUACCACAUAUACUCAGUGAUUUUCUCAGUGUGCCGCAUCCCCACGUGUAGUCAUGAUCAUUUCAGCCGACUGCCCUCUCUCUCACACACUCUCAGUCAAACACACACAUGUACACAGUCUAUGUGAUCUGCACUGUGUACAUGCACACACAAGCAUGGACUGAAGAUGCACCAGUUCUUUUGCAUUUCUUUGUUAACUUAAAACCUGGAGGAAGAAAGUUAUCAUCAUUAAGAGAGAGACAGGGCUGUGUGAUUUCUUACACCGCCUCCUGUUGCCAUGGUAACAGAUCUGAAGUGGCAGCUGGAGCACAAAGUAUGCAAAAUAAUAAUAAGAUAAUGCACUUAAAUAAUGCUUAAGUCAACAACCCUCUUCAAAGGAGAGACGUACUGAUGAAGUUUUAGCCAUGGCACUGCGAAGACCACGAGGAUUAUGGUCAAAGGGAUGAAAGAGGACAACAUGCUAUAAUGAUGUCAUUGUCAGUGCUUGCUGACUGCAGUUCACUCCUUUUUUACGAACAUAAAACAACGACAAUAUCAUGGACCUUGUUUCAAUUCUGAAAUCCACUCAAUGUGAACAGCGAGUUGUGUACAAUAAAAUGUGUCUUUUCUUUUUUUCUAUCUUUAUUUUUCCUCACGAUUUGAAUCAUGAUUUAAAAUGCAGAAUUUUGUGCUGCUUGGCAUUAAAACUCUGUGAUAUUUUUA